UAUUUGGAUAUGGUAAUUUUCAACUUCAAACAGCCUAUCAGUAACCGAAUGUGUUAUCACGUGAUGCUCAAAGAUCGCUUGGGAGGCGGUGUCAAGUGUGGAGCUGACUUUAAAACCAGUGGGCAAGACUCAGAGCGCUCAGUGUAGGGAGAAACAGGGACGAGAUGUAGUAGGAAACUUGCUUUCUAUGAAAUUUAGUAAUAUUUACAAAAAAAUAACAUAAAGAAUCAUCAAAAUCCCUCUUAAGUUAAUAGCCUGCCCAUAGGAUUUUUAGAUUUAUUUCAGUUUAUUGAAGGGCAUCUACACUCACUAUUCUGACACUUUUGUAAAGAUGUGUGAGGCAGUUAGUUAGCAAGCUAGCUAGCUAAGGCGGCAGGAGGAGAACAAAAGAUUUUUUUCAGUUUUGACCGGUUGCACUGACACCAAGUCCAUGCAGAACGUGUCAUCACCAACACAAUGCCCGUGUUACUUUUUCUGAUAGACACGUCCGCGUCAAUGAACCAGCGCACCCAUCUGGGCACUACCUAUCUGGACAUUGCAAAAGGCGCUGUUGAGACUUUCAUGAAGCUUAGAGGCAGAGAUCCGGCGAGCCGAGGGGACCGGUAUAUGUUGAUAAAUUUUGAGGACGUUCCCCUCGGAAUCAAGGCUGGAUGGAAAGAGAGCCAUGCCACAUUCAUGACAGAGCUGAGGAACCUUCAAGCAGCAGGACUCACAACUAUUGGCCAGUCUUUGAGGACCGCUUUUGAUUUGCUCAAUCUCAAUAGAUUAGUGUCUGGGAUAGACAACUAUGGACAGGGCAGGAAUCCCUUUUUCCUGGAGCCGUCCAUCAUAGUGGCCAUCACCGACGGCAACAAGCUGACCAGCAGUGGCGGAGUCCAGGAUGAGCUCCACCUUCCCCUGACCACUCCGCUGCCGGGCAGUGAGUUGACCAAGGAGCCGUUCCGCUGGGACCAGCGUCUGUUCUCCCUGGUGCUGAGGAUCCCUGGACACGCCACCGUAGAGCCUGAACCCCUGGGGGGGGUCCCCCCCGACGACUCGGCCAUCACCCCCAUGUGUGAGGUCACCGGAGGUCGCUCCUACAGUGUGUUCUCCCAGCGCAUGUUGAACCAGUGUCUGGAGUCUCUACUGCAAAAGAUCCAGAGUGGAGUGGUCAUCAACUUUGAGAAGACAGGCCCGGACCCCCCUCCUGGAGAGGAUGAGAUCCUGAAGCCCGGCCCCCAGUCCUGGCACUGCUGCCACAAGCUGAUCUACGUACGACCCAACCCCAAGACGGGUGUGCCCAUCGGACACUGGCCCAUUCCUGAAGGCUUCUGGCCCGACACCAACUCCCCCACCCUGCCCCCUCGCUCGGCCCACCCCCACGUGCGUUUCUCCUGCCUGGACUCGGAGCCCAUGGUGAUUGACAAGGUUCCCUUUGACAAGUACGAGCUGGAGCCUUCACCUCUCACACAGUACAUCCUGGAGAGGAAGUCCCCUCACACCUGCUGGCAGGUGUUUGUAAGUAACAGUGCCAAGUAUAGUGACCUGGGCCAGCCCUUUGGCUACCUGAAGGCCAGCACGGCUCUCAACUGUGUCAACCUCUUCGUCAUGCCCUACAACUACCCUGUUGUACUGCCUCUACUGGAUGACUUGAUCCGGGUGCACAAGUUCAAGCCCACCAUUAAAUGGCGUCAGUCAUUUGAGAACUACCUGAAGACCAUGCCUCCGUAUUACAUUGGGUCCCUCCGGAAGGCGCUAAGAAUCAUGGGAGCUCCUAACCUCCUGGCCGACAACAUGGAGUAUGGUCUGAGUUACAGUGUGGUGUCCUACCUUAAGAAGCUCAGCCAGCAGACCAAGAUCGAGUACGAGCGGCUGAUAGCAUCCGUAGCUAAGAAGGUGGUAGCGGAGGGUGGCAUCAAGGUGCGUGACCGCGGUGGGGACAUCUCCCUGGCCCAGCGUAGAGACUUCACUCAGCUUCUGGCCAGCAUCACAGGAGAGACGGCCGCCCUGCCCCUGGAGCUCAACUCUAAAGAGUUCUCUGGCUUUCAGCUGGCUCCUCUCAACAAGAGUCUGAAACCUCAGGGUUUCCGGAACGCCUACGACAUUCCCAGAAUGCACCUCCUGGAUCAGCUGAGCCGCAUGAGGAGGAACCUGCUCAGCACCACCUGUCUGCUCCGAGGACAGGACACAGACCAGCUGCACAGUGUGCCCAUCGCCCAGAUGGGGAACUACCAGGACUUCCUCAAAGCCCUUCCCCAACCUCUCAGAGACGCAGACCCUGAACAGCCCAAACGCCUGCACACCUUCGGGAACCCCUUCAAACUGGACAAGAAGGGGAUGAUGAUCGACGAGGCCGACGAGUUCGUGACGGGUCCCCAGAACAAGGGCAAGCGUCCGGGGAGUGACUCCAACAUGCACGGGAUCGGGGGUGGUUGUCCUAAGAGACGGCGGUGCAUGUCUCCUCUACUGCGCCCCGGCAGAGCCUAUUCGCCCCCGGUCAGCCCUGCAGCCAGCCCCUUCAGACCCCCCCUCGCUGAGAGCGACCAGAGUGAGUCAGACUCAGAGGCUGUGUUUGGGAACCUCUACAACCCAGAGACGUGUGAGACCGGGACAACGGUCCAACCCGGAGAGAUCCUCUCUGGAACCCUUCUAGACGGCCCCGGCCCAGAGAACCGCAUGGAGGAUGAUGCUGAUGGGGACAUUGAGGAGGAGAACGGGCUUCCCAGGGAGGUGGAGCUCUCAGAGGGCAGUGAGGAUGGAGGAGAGACUGGGGGUGUGGUGGAGGAGCAGCGCCCGGCCCGGUACCCCUCCCCCGGGGAACUGAAGAAGGUGAUGAACAGCGAGAGUCUGGAGGUCAACACCGAACUACGAGCCCUCAUCACCAAGGAGAUACGGAAACCCGGGAGACACUAUGAAAAGAUCUUCUAUUUCCUGAAGCAGAUCCAAGGAAGUUUUGACACACGGUUGAUAUUCCUCCAGAACAUUAUAAAAGAGGCUGCCAGGUUCAAGAAGCGGGUGCUGAUAGAACAGCUGGAGAACUUUCUAGAAGAGAUACAUAACAGGGCCAACAAUAUGAACCACCUGGAAGGGUUCUAAUGGACAACUCUUCACUCCCCGGCCCCUCAGACCUGACCCCUCCUCCCCACUCCACCCUCCACCCCCUCAGCCCUCAACCUGCAGCCCUUACCCAGGCUGAAAUAUUCCUAUAGAGAAGGGGGGUAUUAACUAACCCAAGCAAUGAAAUGAGUGCUGUUGGCCUGUCUGUCUCUGUCAAUGUAUACGGUGUGACGCGUGUCUCAUCAGUGAUGGUAUGGUGAACUGAUAUCGCUAAGGGAGGGGGGGUUCAAAUUAGAUUGUAAAAAGUUUCCAACAACCUCAGGGCCAAAAGAGGAACACUGAUGUUUUGGUUAAUCAAGUUAAUCUUUAGGUGGCUUCAUGUUUGUUUCCAUUCUCUCUUUCUGGUCAUCGACCUCUCUCUUUCUAGUCAUCUCCCUCUCUCUUUCUAGUCAUCUCCCCCUCUCUUUCUAGUCAUCUCCCCCUCUCUUUCUAGUCAUCUCCCCCUCUCUUUCUAGUCAUCUCCCCCCCUCUUUCUAGUCAUCUCCCCCUCUCUUUCUAGUCAUCUCCCCCUCUCUUUCUAGUCAUCUCCCCCUCUCUUUCUAGUCAUCUCCCCCUCUCUUUCUAGUCAUCUCCCCCUCUCUUUCUAGUCAUCGCCCCCUCUCUUUCUAGUCAUCGCCCCCUCUCUUUCUAGUCAUCGCCCCCUCUCUUUCUAGUCAUCGCCCCCUCUCUUUCUAGUCAUCUCCCCCUCUCUUUCUAGUCAUCUCCCCCUCUCUUUCUAGUCAUCUCCCCCCCUCUUUCUAGUCAUCUCCCCCCCUCUUUCUAGUCAUCUCCCCCUCUCUUUCUAGUCAUCUCCCCCUCUCUUUCUAGUCAUCUCCCCCUCUCUUUCUAGUCAUCUCCCCCUCUCUUUCUAGUCAUCUCCCCCUCUCUUUCUAGUCAUCUCCCCCUCUCUUUCUAGUCAUCGCCCCCUCUCUUUCUAGUCAUCGCCCCCUCUCUUUCUAGUCAUCGCCCCCUCUCUUUCUAGUCAUCGCCCCCUCUCUUUCUAGUCAUCGCCCCCUCUCUUUCUAGUCAUCGCCCCCUCUCUUUCUAGUCAUCGCCCCCUCUCUUUCUAGUCAUCGCCCCCUCUCUUUCUAGUCAUCUCCCCCUCUCUUUCUAGUCAUCUCCCCCUCUCUUUCUAGUCAUCGCCCCCUCUCUUUCUAGUCAUCGCCCCCUCUCUUUCUAGUCAUCGCCCCCUCUCUUUCUAGUCAUCGCCCCCUCUCUUUCUAGUCAUCGCCCCCUCUCUUUCUAGUCAUCGCCCCCUCUCUUUCUAGUCAUCGCCCCCUCUCUUUCUAGUCAUCGCCCCCUCUCUUUCUAGUCAUCGCCCCCUCUCUUUCUAGUCAUCGCCCCCUCUUUCUAGUCAUCGCCCCCUCUUUCUAGUCAUCUCCCCCUCUCUUUCUAGUCAUCUCCCCCUCUCUUUCUAGUCAUCGCCCCCUCUUUCUAGUCAUCUCCCCCUCUCUUUCUAGUCAUCGCCCCCUCUCUUUCUAGUCAUCGCCCCUCUCUCGUCAUCGCCCCUCUCUCUCUUUCUGUGGUAUUUUUGUUGUGGGUUUGUCCCCGUUUGGUUAUUCACUUAAUCCUGAUAGGCACUCCACUCCACCAAUAGAAACACUCCUUUACUCUAUUCACCAACAGAAAGGGUUGGCCACUCCCCUCCCUCAUGACUUCCUGAAUCUUGCCAUGAAAACUAGGCUGCACCUACACAACCAAACUGAACUCCAUAUUUGUAGGCAAUAGUUUUUUUUCUUUUUUUGUGCUUCACAGUUUUAGAUGCCAGUCUGGAGGGGGGGGGGG